CCUCUGUUUGAAGCUCGAAGAGAGAGGGAGAGAUGGGUGGUGGUUCUCCGACGUCGUCAACGUCGUCCGGUGAGGGUGAGGAGAGGGUGAGAGGGCCGUGGAACCCUGAGGAGGACGCGAUUCUGAGCAGGGCGGUGGCUCGGAUGGGCACCAGGAACUGGUCCCUCAUCAGCCGCGAGAUACCUGGGCGGUCGGGGAAGUCCUGCAGGCUGAGGUGGUGCAACCAGCUGAGCCCCCAAGUGGAGCACCGCCCCUUCUCAGAGGAGGAGGACUGCGCCAUCAUUGCUGCCCACGCCCUCCACGGCAACCGCUGGUCAGCCAUCGCCCGCCUCCUCCCCGGCCGCACCGACAACGCAGUCAAGAACCACUGGAACUCCACACUCAAGAGGAAGGCCUUCCUCGCUGGUUGCGGCGGUGUAGAUGUGGGGGAUGACGCGGCGGAUGGGGAAGGGCAGGGUCCGUACGCGGUUGUGGCGGCCGAGGAGAAAAAGAAGGUCAGGCUCUCGGCGUUUAGGGAGUACGUCCCUGACCCGGCGACGGUGCUGAGCCUAUGUCCGCCGGGCAGCGGCACAUCGCCUGAGAAUGGUGGUAGCGGUGGCGGUAGUGGUGGCGCGGCAGAGGAGGCGAUUGGGAGAAGGAAUCUGGAAGUGCUGAGGGAGAUGAUCGCGAGGGAGGUGAAGAGUUACAUGGACUCCAUUUUGUUGUCGCCGCGUCGUGACUGAACGGGCUCUCUCUCACUUUCUUUCUCGUUCUGGUUCUGGUUCUUCGCAAGGGGAAAUUUUGGGCUGCUUCUUCUUAUUUCCAGAUCUUUCAUCUUCUCGUUUUACUUGUGUACGAUCAGAAGGAACGGGAGAAAAGGAAAAGAAGUUGGAAGGAUUACAUAUAUAAUAUAUAUGCAGGAAUGCAGCCGAGAAUAAAGGAAAAGCUCGGCGCAAAGCAAAGUCGAAACCGGAAAAGAAAACGAAACCAAAAAAUAUGUCUAUAUAUCUUGUUAGAAGUUAGAACAGCUUAUGUUUUCCUUACCGUGCUUAAACGCGAAUGAAAUCUUUUCCCUUAGAAAUCCUAUGCUUCUUAUUUCUCUCUGUAUAUGUAUAAACUAGUAUUAUACAUAAGCUUCAUAUCUUCUGGCAAUCAUAUUGUUUAA